AUGGGAUACUGUAGCUUAUCAGAUAGAACAAAGUCCUAUUUAUCAAAGUUCAACACCUUCCUUCUCCUUGAGAAUCUCCACGAUAACUUCAACAUUCUCCUCCCCCUCUUCCUCAUCAUCACCAUCGUAAUUCAGUGCAUAACGGAGAUGAUAGAUGUAGUAGAGGGCACGACGGGUGACGAGAAGGCGGAAAAUGCACCAGAGGAGCAUGACGAUGGAAGAGAUGAACAGGGCAAGACGAAUCUCUACGAGUGCCACGUAGCACACAAUGACGAAUCCGACGAAGAAAUCGUAUUGUUGAACGACCAUCAGAACGAGUUGCAUAGCCAUUUGGAACAGGAGAUACUGAUGUUCAGUCCAAACGAUGAACAUCAAACAUGCGAGAAUCUCGAGAAAUCCCAAGUAGAAUGCGACGCGCUAUAG